AAGAGAGGGAGGGAGUAAUAUAAGAGAGGCAGCCAUAGAGGGAGAGGUGACAGAGUAGAUUAUCCUCCUCUCCUCCUCUCUGCCAGCCUCAUCAUGUUCAUGCUGCAGAUGUUGACUGUUAUCUCUCUGACUGUUAUUCUCCUGGCAUCUGUGGAAGGUAAAGGCGUGCAGAUGCAAAGAGAUGUCCAGUGCUGCAUGUUGUACUCCCAGGGCAAGGUGCGUACCAAAGAUGUGUUGCGGUUUGAGGUACAGACAGAGGGGCCCGACUGCAGUAUACAAGCCAUCAUUCUGUACACGAAAAAGGCGGUGAAAUGUGCAGACCCAAGAGAUCGGAAGGUGAAGAGGUUGCUGAGAAAGCUUUUGCAGAGACAGAGAACCAAGGCCCACCGAACCAUGUGGCUUCUUCCUCAUGACAACCUGCCCGUCAUGUCAGAGGACAAGAAAGAUAACUGGGCUGUUUUCAAUGUGGAGUGAUGGAGAACAAUCCAAAAGUCGAGGUCUCAUAGUCAUAAGCCAAGUAAACUUUCAGCAGUUCGUCAUCUUUCCAUGGCGGAGCUUUGCUGACUCUCCAGUCGUCUCGUGUCUCUCUCUAUCUACACUAACUGUCUCCCAUGGACCAGACCUGGGCAGCAAUACAUAUUUAAAUGGCUUUUGAUAUUUAAACAAAAAUCGUGCUUGAAAUAUUCCCAAACAGAUGGCAGAAACUGAGGAGUAUUAACUUGUAAGAUAAGCAGAAUUGUUUCUUUUUUAUUGAAUGGCUCAUACUGUUAUUUGCCAGUCUGCCUGGAAGUGUCUCUCUCUACAAUAAUAUUACUUCUCGUGGCUGAUGUACAAUCAGUGAAAAAGGUGUUAUAAAACAAAUCAUACCGAGCAGUGAUAUUUCUAUUGUAUAACAGCAUACUCCAUGAUAUGCUUAUGUGUGACUUGUAUAUUUUCAGUGAUGUGUACUGACACUGCACACAGUGCAGACUUUUACCUGAUAUAUCUGACUGUUAGACAGGUGAAAAGUGGGAUCAAAGGGAAGAUUUCACCUUUUUAGUAAGCAAUUGUUCCUGAUAUUUUGUCUACCCUGCCUAUUGACUGUUUGUAAUCUCAGUAUGAAACUCAUGUUAAUCUUUAAAUAAGAGAUCCUCAGGUAUCCACCAGAAGAUCUACACAUUUGCAGUUUACAUGUUUCUUUUUCAUUAGUAGUCUGUCACCAAACUAUGCCAAAGUAUUCAUGAGUCGAUUCAUCAAAUGGCAAAGCUGUUAAAACUCGGAGGGCUCAAUUGUGUAUGAAACACAAAAGUAUUGUAAAAGAAUGCAUUAUAUGUGAAUUUUAUAAAAUAAUCUGAAAGAAUA